CUCCUGCCCCAAAUCCUCUGCCCCCACAAAAUAAAACACCAUGGCCACCACGGAAAGCAAAAAAGAGAAAAGAGAGCGGAAGAAGGAGAAAAAAGAAAAAAAGGAUGCCGACCAGAGCGCCGCGCCCCCAGCUCCAAACAGUCCCGAGGAUGGGCCUGAGACCUUAGAAUCGGAACUGGCGUCCCAAGCCGGCGAAGAAAAAGCGGCCCAAAACGACCACGCCAAUGGCGCCGGCGAGCCCAGCGGCGCCGCGUCCGGCGAGCUCGAAAUCGACUUGAACGCCGCCAUGCCGUUGUCCCGCAAAAGGCAGCGUCUCUUGAAAAAAGGCAAGUUGGACUUGGCCAAAAUCGCCCGCAAACACCCGGCGCCACGGCCGCUCGCGGAGGACGGGACGGAGCAGGAACCGGUCUCCAAAAAGUCGCCCUUUGGUGUGUGGAUCGGCAACUUGUCGUUCGAAACGACCCGGGACGACAUUGUCCGGUACAUAGUGGCCAAGACCAAGGCCAAUACAGACGUCGACACCCCGCCCAUCGAGGAAAAAGACAUCUCGCGGGUCAACCUCCCGAAAAAGGGCGACAAGAUCAAGGGCUUUGCGUACGUGGACGUGCCGUCGGCCGCGCACGUGGCCAGCGUCGUGGCGCUCAGCGAGCUGAAUCUCAACGGGCGCAAUUUGCUCAUCAAGAACGCCUCUUCUUUCGAAGGCCGGCCCGAGGACCACGGCAAGAAGCCGUUGCUGAAGAACCCGCCGCUGCGGAUUCUCUUUGUGGGCAACUUGUCCUUCGACACCACGCAGGAGUUGCUAGAGGAGCAUUUCCGCCACUGCGGCGAGAUCGUCAAGAUCCGCAUGGCCACGUUCGAGGAUUCCGGCAAGUGCAAGGGCUUUGCGUUUGUGGACUUCUUGCGCGAGGAGGGCGCCACCACCGCGCUCAAGCUGAAGCUUGCCCGUCUGUUCAUCAACAGACCCUUGCGCCUAGAGUACGGCGAGGACAGAUCCAAGCGUGCCCCCAAGCGCGCUGGCCACGACCGUGUGGUUGAGGGCGAGCUCGACGACGGAGCUCCUGUAAACGCAGCUUACAGAGAGAGACGCGAGACGAGAGACGUGGGAGAGAAAGAGGAAGGCGGAGACAGAAAAGAGAGGCAAGCUAGGCCCGAAAGACCGGCGCCCCGGCCCCAGAAAAGAGCGCCCGAGCGCACGUUCGAGCCCAGUGCCAAGAGAAUGAAGUCGUCCGUGGCCUUGGCCACCGCCCAGCGUGCGUCGGCCGCCAUUGUGCCUUCACAGGGUAAAAAGAAGACGUUCGACUAAGCAUCCGGGUGCGGGGUGCCGGCUCAUGUGUGGCGGCGGCCUGGAAACGCCCAUCUGAUUUCAGCAAUGGUCUACUUAUCGGUGGCGUGUUUCGGGGCGUUAUCUACUUACCAGUGGCGUGGUCCAUGGCGUUAUCUACUUACUAGUGGCGUGGUGCAUGGCGUUAUCUACUUACAGGUGGUAUAUGAAAAGAGAAGAAUUACCUGGUCAUUGGUGGAAGUGCAGGAAUGAUCGAGUCUUCAGUGGCUCAUUGAAGUUGCCGGAGUUCUCGGAUUCUUAGUGGUGUGCCCUGGGGCGUCUGAUCUCAUGUGCUUCAUACGAAUUGCAAAAUCAUCUAGACA